UGGGCAGAAACCGGAGCCGGCCCGAACGUGGGAAGGGGAGGAGGAAAGGGAGGAAGAAGGAGCCGGGAGGCCGCGAGAGGGAGGGAUCGGGGCUGGGAGCCGGGCCGCUCAGAACCUGCCGCGCGCCCUGGGGUGGGGGAGGCGGCGCGGGAGGAGCGCGAGGGGACGGGACGGUGGGCUCGGUCCCCGCAAGCCGAGCGGCAGAGCGCCUCGUUCCUCCGCCGCCCUCCGCCUCCUCCCUUCGCCGGCGGCGGCGGCGGCGGCGGCGAGCGCGGACCCACCCUCCGGCGGGACCUGCGCCCUGCCCAGCGACGCCGAGCCGGCGGCUCCCUCCGUGGCCUGGGACCAGCCCUGCGCCUGCUGCCCACGGGACCCUCGCGGCUUCCCCUCUCCGCCCCGCUGCCCGGGCGCCGCGGGGAAGUGACCCACCCUCCCCCGAGGAGGGGGAAGGAGAAGACCGCGCCGGGCGCACCGAAACCGAGAGCGGGAGAGCCGGAGUGGGCGCCGCGCGGGGGCAUUGUGUGAGUGUGCGAGUGUGAGUGUGCGAGUGUGUGUGUGUGUGUGUGUGUGUGUGUGUGUGUGUGUGUGCGCGCGCGCAGCGUCGUGUCUGUCUCCGAGAGCGCUCUGGGAGGUCCCGUCCCGAGGGGGCGGAGCGCUGGGGGUCGAGGCUCCGGCUCCGCGCCGGGGCAGAGUCCCGUGGAAGCCGAGCGCGGCGGAGGCGGCCGGCGGGACGGCACGUCUGGCGGCCGGGCGGGCGCACUGAAGGGAGGCCCGGGCGCCCUCGGCCCGGCCCCGGCCCCGAGGUAUCGGCCUCGGCGGCGCAGCCCGCUUCUACUCACGUCCGCGGACCUGCCUGCGGGGAAGAAGCUCGGACGCUGAGCGCCGGCGCUCCGCGCAGCCCGUCCGCCCCGUCUGCCCGGGGUGCGCCGCCGGAGAGCAAGGUCCCCGUCGCUGCGCGGCUGUCCGGCGUCUGCGGUGUUGGGAGCGCGCCCGGCCCGGAGCCGGAGAGGCGCGCACCAUGAGUGGCGGCGAAGUGGUCUGCUCGGGAUGGCUCCGCAAGUCUCCCCCGGAGAAAAAGUUGAAGCGUUAUGUGAGAGACCAGGAAAGCUUGUAAACCAUUUUUUCUCCUCCCUCCUCCUUGUCCCCUCCCUCCUCUCUCUCCCCGCCUCAACCAAAAAGAAAGAAAGAAAGAAAGAAAGAAAGAAAGAAAGAAAGAAAGAAAGAAAAAAGAGAGAGAGAGAAAUCUAUAGCUUAAAAUAUGGCAUGAUAUUAAGGCAUGAGAAAACAUUGCUUCAAAACAAUGCUGUAACAAAAAUUGUGGCAUGGAAGAGGAGAUGGUUUGUGUUACGCAGCGGCCGUUUAACUGGAGAUCCAGAUGUCUUGGAAUAUUACAAAAAUGAUCACGCCAAGAAGCCUAUCCGUAUUAUCGAUUUAAAUUUAUGUCAACAAGUCGACGCUGGAUUGACAUUUAACAAAAAAGAGUUUGAAAACAGCUACAUAUUUGAUAUCAACACCAUUGACCGGAUUUUCUACUUGGUAGCAGACAGUGAGGAGGAGAUGAAUAAGUGGGUUCGUUGUAUUUGUGACAUCUGUGGGUUUAAUCCUACAGAAGAAGAUCCUGUGAAGCCACCUGGCAGCUCCGUGCAAGCACCAGCUGAUUUACCAUCGGCGAUAAAUACGGCACCACCGUCCACCCAGGUGGAUGCCUCCUCUGCUGCUGCACCGCCUCCGUAUCAGCUAAUUAGCCUUCCACCACACCUGGAAACCCUUGGCAUCCAGGAGGAUCCUCAAGACUACCUCUUGCUAAUCAACUGUCAAAGCAAGAAGCCUGAACCCACCAGCCAAGGGUCAUCUUUUGUUUCUGAAGAAGGAGAGGAAUACCUACUGCUAGAAGAUUUUGAAAGCAAAACGAUUCCAUUGCAAACGCACACUGAUUCUGCAAAAUCCAUCUCUUCGGAGACAGACUGCAAUGAUAACGUCUCUUCUCAUAAAAAUCCUGCGUCCUCCCAGAACAAACAUGGAGUGAAUGGCUUUUUCCAGCAGCAGAUGAUGUAUGACUCUCCACCGUCUCGUGCUACAUCCGUUUCCAUAGUCUCCAGCCUUUAUAACCUGCCCAGGAGUUACUCCCACGACGUUUUACCAAAGGUGUCUCCAUCAAGUACCGAAGCAGAUGGAGAGCUCUAUGUUUUUAAUACCCCAUCCGGGACCUCGAGUGUAGAGCCUCAAAUGAGGCAUGUAUCUAUUAGUUAUGACAUUCCUCCAACACCUGGUAAUACUUACCAGAUUCCACGAACAUUUCCAGAAGGAACCUUGGGGCAGACAUCAAAGCUAGACACUAUUCCAGAUAUUCCUCCGCCUCGGCCGCCCAAACCACAUCCGGCUCCUGAUCGAUCUCCUGUGGACACGUGUAGCAUCACACGCACAGCCUCGGACACUGACAGUAGUUACUGCAUCCCAACAGCAGGGGUGCCACCGUCACGUAGUAAUACCAUUUCCACUGUGGAUUUGAACAAAUUGCGAAAAGAUGCUAGUUCUCAAGACUGCUAUGAUAUUCCACGAACAUUUCCAAGUGACAGAUCUAGUUCACUCGAAGGCUUCCACAACCACUUUAAAAUCAAAAAUGUAUUGACAGUGGGAAGUGUAUCAAGUGAAGAACUGGAUGAAAAUUAUGUCCCCAUGAAUCCCAACUCUCCUCCACGACAGCAUUCCAGCAGUUUUACAGAAUCAAUUCAGGAAGCAAAUUAUGUGCCAAUGACUCCAGGGACAUUUGAUUUUUCUUCAUUUGGAAUGCAAGUGCCUCCUCCCGCUCAUAUGGGCUUCAGGUCCAGCCCAAAGACCCCUCCUAGAAGGCCAGUUCCCGUUGCAGACUGUGAACCACCCCCUGUGGAUCGGAACCUCAAGCCGGACAGAAAAGGUCAAAGUCCUAAAAUUUUAAGACCCAAACCCCAUGGUUUAGAGCGAACUGAUUCACAAACCAUAGGUGACUUUGCUACAAGAAGAAAGGUCAAGCCAGCACCUUUAGAAAUAAAACCUUUGCCGGAAUGGGAAGAAUUACAAGCCCCAGUUAGAUCUCCCAUCACUAGGAGUUUUGCUCGAGACUCCUCCAGGUUCCCCAUGUCUCCCCGGCCGGAUUCAGUGCACAGCACGACUUCAAGCAGUGACUCGCACGACAGUGAAGAGAAUUAUGUUCCCAUGAACCCAAACCUGUCCAGUGAAGACUCAAAUCUUUUUGGCAGUAAUAGUCUUGAUGAAGGAAGCAGCCCAAUGAUCAAGCCCAAAGGAGACAAACAAGUGGAAUAUCUAGAUCUAGAUUUAGAUUCUGGGAAAUCCACACCACCGCGUAAGCAAAAGAGCAGCGGCUCAGGCAGCAGUGUAGCCGACGAGAGAGUGGACUAUGUCGUGGUUGACCAACAGAAGACCCUGGCUCUGAAGAGCACCCGGGAAGCCUGGACCGAUGGGAGGCAAUCCACAGAGUCUGAAACACCAACCAAGAAUGUGAAAUGAAAAUACUGCUUUAACGUCUCUGAACAAAGGAGGACUGAGCUAAGGAGAAAUCCUGUUUGACCGAAGAUAACUUGACCCUUGUACUCUAGGUGGAUCCUCAACUGAAUAAAGUCGAAGUCAGAAGGCCUUUCAGACUUAAUCAAGCCAUUGAGACUGUAAAUGGUGCUUUGUGGUAUCUGAACAAUUCAUCGCGUGUAAAUAAUGUGGGAAAAUACUAUUGUUUGGCUCCCAGAGAAACAUAUGUUCCAUAAUUAACACACUUGUAGUAUUACUGUAUUUAUGCACUUUUUUCCUUUAGAACAUUGGUUGGGUAUCCCCAAAUGGACGUUAACAUGAUUCCUUUGGGAGUUUCUUGUGUUCCUCACACUACUCUUAAGAAUGAUGCUAAGUGAACUAAGCUACGUUUCCACUGGGAAAUUGCUUUUUCAGCUGCAGUAGAACAAUAUGAGAUGAGACGUAUAUUCACAGUCUGCCUUUCUACCUGAAACUUCACGGGGUAACCUUUAGCUUAAACUACAAAGUAGAGUUGGACUCAUCAUUCAUUGCUUUCCAAAGUAUGUACUGGUAUCAGGACUUUGUUCUCUGGUUCAUGGACAUUUAGUUUUCAAUGGUGGAACUGUAUUAUAUUUUGUUAAUGACAGUGUUUUGGUCUCAUUAAGUGAAGAUUCUGCCGGGUGGGAUCUUACACCUUGGAAAGAGUAAAUAAUCACACUAUCAAGUAAGCGUACAACUCACUGAUGGCAUGCGGUGACGAUGUGCUUUCACACUUUUAACAUGUAUUAAACUGUACGUUAUUUGCAAAGUGUAGAUUAUAUAACUAAUCAGGUACGUACCAGGCACUGACGUGCUAAUACACUGAUCAGGUUUAGACAGUGAGCUUUACUCAUAUUCUUGUUAGUCCUCUAAUGUUGGUUUCCAGUGUGGAAUUAAUGGCACAGUUGACAUUCACUGUUAGUUAUAGCAACAUACUGUGAUUUUUAAUUAGAUAGUCAUUCAGAUUUAUUACUCUAAGAGUGAAAUUCUGUCUUUUGACACCAUAGUGCCCUUUGUAUGAUUUUUUUUAAACUUAAUAUACUUCUUGGCCUUAUCCUAUUUAAAUCCCUAUGCAAUUAAUAUUUUAUAUCUGCAUUUUUAAAAAAUAGAUGUUAUAUAAGUGAUUCUCGUAUGUAGCACCUAUUGCUUUUCCAGUAAAAGAAUUAAAGAUUUUGUACUGUGAUUUAUAUUCACUGCCCCAAUUCAAGAAAUAUUGGAGCCUUGCUGCAAUGUGAAAUCUUAUAGUCAUGGACCUCUUCCAACCAGAUUUCUGAAACCACCAGAGGUAUCGAAUAAUUCUGUCUCACCUAUAACAUGGUCCUGUGACAUGGACAUCAAGACCACACAUUAUAUUUAGUGAGGCUACAAUUUAUCUCUCUUGGCUUUGCAAUGUAAUUUAGAAAACAGGUAUAGUUGUUGGUUUGAUUGGUUUUUAACUGAGUUACAUACAAUCUCUUAUGUACUGAUUUGAGACUCACUAACAGUGUUUGGAGGGGCAUAGAGAUAGAAGAGCCCACAGCUGAGGCAUGUUUCCCUCCAUUCAGACCUCCUGUGUUGCCUGAGUACACGAAUGUGCCCCGAUUUCUGGCCCCUUGGCCACCGUACUGUGCCUAAGCAAUGUGAUGGGUUUCUGUCCCCUCCAUGAGCUAAACACGUUCAUAACAAGAUGAAUUGUAGACAAGUAACAUUUGAUGCUUUUAAAUGUUUGCUUCUUUUUAAACAAAAACUAAAACCCAGAACUGAAUUUUGAGGUGGAUUUUUAAAUAAAAAAGAUUGUUUGA